AACAUGGCCGAUCAGUGAGCUUGGCGGUGUUACGUUCUCCUCCGCUUCGUUAACAUCACCAUUUUUUCCACCAGCAGUCGUUUAUUUUGUGUUCACAAUCAACUAACAUGAUAUCAUCGAUAAUAUCCCGUCUGGUAAUAUUGGUCUUUGGAACACUGUAUCCGGCCUACGCAUCCUAUAAGGCAGUUCGCACCAAAAAUGUCAAGGAAUAUGUAAAAUGGAUGAUGUACUGGAUUGUGUUCGCACUUUUCACCUGUGCCGAGACCUUCACGGAUGUGUUCUUCAGUUUCUGGUUUCCAUUCUACUACGAAAUCAAGAUAAUCUUGGUUCUGUGGCUAUUGAGUCCAGCGACAAAGGGUUCGAGUAUUCUCUACCGACGUUUUGUCCAUCCAGCCUUGAUCAGACGUGAAGCAGAGAUCGACGAUGCCCUAGCUAGAGCCACCGAGCAGGGAUACACAGCAGUCCUGCACCUAGGAACAAAGGGUGUCAACUACGCCACGACAGUACUGAUGCAGACAGCAAUCAAGGGCGGAGGAGGAUUAGUGCAGCAGCUGAAAAAGAGCUACAGUCUGAGUGAUUUGACGGGUGAAAAGGAAGAUGAAAAUAGAAAUACAUCGGCGAUGCAUGACGAGACAGACAUGACAGGGGAACCUCGUCGGAGGGAACACCCGGGAAGACGUGGCUACAGUCCUAGGAGGACGCAAUCCAAUUGCAAUAGGGUGGAGAUGUACUUUUCGGAGGUGGAUGUCGAUGUCAGGCAACCUAGGCCUAGAGAUCCAAUAGCUAGUUUAACGAAUAUUAGGUCAUCGGACGACAUAUCCAGUGGGUACAGCAGUGGUGAAGCUCUGCAACCGCAUCGCAUGACUCCUCACACAGAAUCCCUCAUGAGGACCUCAAGUGUAGGUGCGAGAACGAGGUCAUCGAAACCCCGAGCAGCCGCGAAGAAGGUACCAGAGGAUGAAGAGGAUUGGGAGCUUACCGCGAGGGCCGAGCCCCCCCACACCCUCUCCGAAAUAAGUGCGAAACAAGCCCUGGAGCUUUUGUUCCUCCUCUCUCGAAUAAAUCUCCCUCACAGCUCGUCCGAGGCGCGGGUGACUGAGAUCCAUGAAGACUCAACUGACACGAAAAGCGAAGAUGCAUUCUCUGACGCCUCGUCCUCGAUGGGACACGUGAUGAUUCACGAGGAGAUCCUAGAUAUAUGUGAACUCGAUUCCGAGGGAACUGACACAUCGGCGAAUAGCGAGAAGCCCCUGGCCCUCCCAGAGUCGACAUCAGGAGUUCCAGAACUUCUGGAAAAAACUGCCAAAGAACUCAGUCGAAUAGAUAUGACGAAAAUAACCGAGGAAAUAUGCCAGGAGAAGAUGUCCGAGUUGAAAAGACUCCUGAGUACAGCCCAGAGUGCAGUCUCGAGUCUAGGCAACUCCCACGAGGACCUGACAAAGGAAUCGAGACUUCAGGAGUUGGAGACUGAAAUCCCUGAGGUCUGGACCACUCCCAGCCCUUCGCGAAGUGGUUCUGAGGGAAAGGAUCGAGCCGGAAAGUACCACAAGAAACCAGCACCCAGGGCCCCCGUGACUAUCCAUGGGCCAGAGGGAAUCCAAGCCCUCAGGGCUACUCUCGUCCUCCAACCUGGUACUGUAAAGACCCUCACGCAUGUCGAUAAUCCAGAAAAUAUAUCUGCUAAUCCCACAUCAUCGUCAAGCACUAAAAAAAAGAGGAAGGUCAAGGACGGCCUCUCCAAGUUCCUGGCGAUCCCAAAGAAUUUUUUCCAUAAUUUUCAUAAGGAUCAAGACGAUGUCUCCGUUUCCACCAGGUCGAGGUCAACCAGUGUUGAUUUCCAGGAUGAUUACCUUGAUUUAGGGUCAGGUGGGAGGACUCGGGGCACUGACACUGAUGAUCACCAGCUUUGCGACCCUCCCCCGGAGCAAAAAGACAUCCACGAAGAAGAAGGUGCCAUGAGACACGAACAGCCGUUGCAUUAGGGAAGAGGAUGGUUUGCUCGUAUCAAUAUGAGCAGUUCGUUGCUGAUAAUUCUUGCUCUACGCAUUGAGGAUCGCACAAAUUACGGUGGGAUCAGCUGAAUAAAUCCAACGGCCAAAACGCGCAAUUAAAUUUUUCGAUAUAAAUAUUUGCCAUUCGAGUUCAACGGAGCUAGAUCAUCCGUGGGGAUUUUUUUUAUUGAUCUGAUCGGUUUUGUUUGAACACUACGCUUUAUCAACAUGCAAUAUAUGCACUGAGGGAAAAUCCAAAUGAAAUAUUUCGGCUCAUUAAAACGUAGAGGCAUGUCUAAUUGACAGGAAUUUUUUAUCAGUGCAUAUCUUUAUACCAACGAUUCAUGCUUUGUACUGUAAUUUUUAAUGGAUAUGUACUACACCCAAAGAAAAAAAAUGACUCAUGAAAAGGAAAAUUAAUUAAACAAAUU